CUUCUCGUUUCUUUCUUUCUUUCAUUCUUUUUAUUCCACUAUGCAGCAUUAGCUGCUGUCAGAAGGGUUUUGCUGCCAGUCCGGACUUGUUCAGACGGCAGCUCAUGAUCGCAGAUCAAGUUAUUUGUUGUUUAAAGCGACAGAAAGUGAAAGUAAGUCGAAAUUUAUCUUCCCCUGAAGAGACUGUGGAGAUUCACCUGCUUCUGGGAAAAUGGUUCACGGACAUUUCCUGGCUGUUUUCGUCUCUUUACUUCAUUUAGUUGCUGCAGAGAAUGUGAAAUAUGCCCUCCUGGGUCAGACGGUCAGUCUGAAUCCACAAAUCAACGCAUCUGGUGCAAAUAACUUCCUGUGGAAACACAACAGGGACAAAGUGGUGGAGUUUAAUAGAAACGAGCAGCUUGAGUACCCACCGUUUAAAGGUAGGAUCACACUGGACUGGCACACUGCAGCGCUGGAGAUCACCGACCUCAGAUACGAAGACAGUGGAGACUAUGAACUGGGGGUGUUUGUGAAGAAAGAAUUCACAUCUUUCCCUUUCAAACUGAAGGUCAUUGGUAAAGUAUCCAAACCUUCCAUAUCCUGUGAGAUAGAAGACACCAGCUCUGAUGAAUCUGGAAACCGGGCCUCACUGAAAUGCUCUGCAGAAUCCAGCCGUUCUGAGUCCUUAAUGAAGUUUGAAUGGAGCUGGCGUGGCAGCAUGCAGCCCGGCCCAAAUUUAACAAUCCCUCUGGGGGAUGAGAAUGAUGAGGAAGAGUACAGUUGUACUGUGAGCAACCCGAUGUCCAGAGAGAAGACGACUUUCUCUGCAAGGAGCUGCUACUCUGAGACGAAUUUAACUGGGAUCAUUGUCGGGUGUGUCAUUGCUGUCAUUGCUGUCCUUCUGGUGGUUUUGCUGCUAUUCCUGAAACGAAGACGACGUAAACCAGGUAAAACAUGUCGCUCAGAGAAGCAGGUUUAAAGAUAAUAUUGUCCAGGAACUG